UUUUGUAUUUCCGUUGGGUCUCUGGCCAAUGCUAAUAAAUGGUUUAAUUUUUCCCCAAAAAUGGUAUGCAUUUUGCUAGUUGUACUAAUGUAGCUUUACUUAUAUAGUUUUAUAAGUCUCUAGUUUCUGGUAUUAUUAAUCUAACUGAAGUAAAUACUUGUUGACCAGCUUGGUGACGCUGUGUGCGUGUCGCUUCUGGUCGUUGUAGUUCUAUAGACGUACUACACACCGCACGUAUCCUCUCGCUGUGUAUUAUUGCUCAGAAACCAGCCACCAUGGGGAGUUAAGGGGUAGUCGACGGGUCAUUUUCCUUAAUAUUUAAUAUCAGAAAGCUUUCCAUAUGCUGCGUUUUGGAGCAAACAGUUCGCGCCAGUAUCCCCAAUGCAGCGGAUCACGGGGACCGGGCUUUCAGAGACGGGUGAAUUGUUUGACAGCAAAAUCAUUGCUAGAGGGGAAGAUCUGACCUCUGCCUUGUGCAAUCAGAGACAUGAGUGUUGUCAGAGAAUUACAUGGGAUUGGGUACAGGGGCGGCGGUGGGGUUGUGGCCUCCCUGAAUGGCCCUACCCACUUUACAGAGGAUGCUCCACGACCCCCAGUUCCUGGUGAGGAGGGAUCUGAUGUGGACCCCCCAGUCCAAUCAGCCAGCACCCGUCCAAACACCCUUUCCCAAACCCUCGGCUAUCCUCCGUCAUCCUCAUCAUCUAAAAUGGGGGAACCAUCAAGUUUCACACCCUCCUCAUCGUCUGCGACCCCACGUCGCCCGGAUCUGGACUUGGGGUAUGAACCUGAGGGCUCGGCGUCACCAACUCCACCUUACCUGAAGUGGGCAGAGUCGCUUCACUCUCUCCUAGACGACCAGGAAGGCAUCCAGCUGUUCCGAAACUUCCUGUGCCAGGAAGGGUGUGCGGACCUUCUCGACUUCUGGUUUGCUUGCUCGGGGUUCAGGAAGACCAGCCAGGAGAAGCGGGCGAAGCUGGCCAAGGCCAUCUACAGGAAGUACAUUGUAGACGGAAGUGGGAUUGUCUCCAGGCAGAUCAAAGCAGCCACCAAGAGCUUCAUCAGAGACUGUGUGGGAAGGCCGCAUCCAGACCCUGCCAUGUUUGAACAGGCCCAGACAGAGAUCCAGGGCAUGAUGGAGGAGAACACCUACCCUUUGUUUCUCAAGUCGGAUCUGUACCUGGAGUACACACGGACAGGAGGAGAGAGCCCCAAGCCUAACCCCAGUGAUCAGAGCCCAUCAUCGGGGCCAGCCAAGCCUGUGCCUGGGUACUUACCCACACUCCCCGAGGACGAGGAGUGGAGGUGUCGAGGAAGUGGAGGAGGCAGUGGUGGUGGAGGAGGAGGUGGAGUGAGAGAGGUGGAGGAAGAGAAGGAUGAUGAUGAUGAGGAGGAGUGUGGAGACACACCAGCUAGUAGGCUGACUCACAGCCUGCUGAUGCAGACAGUACCGCAUAGGGCCUCGACCAACAGGAGGAGGCCAGACAGCCGGGAGUAUAGGCCAUCGAGGGAGCCAGUAAACCCAUACUACGCAAACAUGGGCUAUGCUCGGGCUCCAACAACCAGUGCCAAUGACAGUGAGCAGCAGAGCAUGUCGAGCGACGCGGACACACUGUCACUGCCCGACAGCAGUGUAGAUGGUAUUCCUCCGUACAGAUAUCGAAAGCAGCAUCGUAAAGAGAUGCAUGAAAGUGCCAAAGCCAAUGGACGUGUGCCCCUACCUCAUAUACCUCGCACGUACCGCAUGCCAAAGGACAUCCACGUAGAGCCUGAGAGGUUUGCAGCGGAGCUCAUCAGCAGGCUGGAGACGGUUCUCAGAGAGAGAGAGGCUCAGGAAAGACUCGAAGAGAGGCUGAAGAGAGUACGACUGGAAGAAGAGGGCGACGAUGCUGACAUCUCCGUGACAACCUCCAUGUCUUCUCAUAGCAUACCACUCCCCCUCCCCUCAUCGUUCCCACCUCACUACGGCGCCCGUUAUUCAGAGACCACUGCUAACACGGCGACAGUCGCCACUUACGGCGGCCUGGUCGCCAUGGAGGAUUCCCACGACGACGACCCGGAAUCUAUCUUGGACGAACACGUACAGCGCGUGAUGAAAACGCCAGGCUGCCAGUCGCCAGGGGCAAGCAACAGCACCUUAGGAGGAGGGGGUCGACAUUCUCCUCCCAAAUCAUCACGUUCGCCUGACGGGGGGAUCGGCCCGCCUCACUGCCCCCCACACCGAGGGGGAGGGCACAGUCUGCCUCCUGCUGGGGUCAAAGGUAUGCAUCACCACAAGCAGCUGUAUCACCACAGAGGAAGAGAAGGGCAGGAGGAGACGGGUUCUAGGUCUCAGGCCAACCUCAUGUGGAACGGUGACCCGGCGAGUCAGUACGCCGGGAGAAGUCGUAACUACGCCGACGGGGCUGGAGCCAGCACGCUUGAGGGCAUGGGUUACAGUAGUAAAGGCAGCACGUUAACACGGAGAGGCUGUAAGAAGACAUCGGAGACGUCAGGCAAAGGUGAUGAGAGUGGGCGUGGCAUGGAGGGCCAGGUACCACUGGAGGAUCUGGAGAGAAACCAGAAGAUCCUGCAGUGGAUGAUGGAAGGAGACCGACAAAGGAAGACCUCACAUGGCGGUAGCACCAGUAGCUCCAGGAGAAUGGGAACCAGCAGCGAGUCCCCACGGCCAACUUCAGUGGAGCGACCUGGAGCCGUGCACCCCUGGGUUUCCGCCCAGCUGCGUAACAACCCCUCCUCGGUGUCCUCUGCCAUCCCUGGCUCAUCGUCCACCCAGGUUCAGCCCUCGCACCCUUUCAUCCAGGACCCAGCUAUGCCCCCCAACCCGGCUCCCAACCCCCUCACCCAGCUGGAGGAGGCUAGGAGGAGACUGGAGGAGGAGAGAAGGAGGAACGCACUACAGCAGGCCAAGCAGAGGCAUAAGUCUGGUAAGCGCCAAGUGUGUGAGAACAUGACAGUCGCCUACUACUUCUGUGGAGAGCCAAUCCCAUACCGAACAUCAGUCAAAGGCCGUGUGGUGACUUUGGGCCAGUUCAAGGAGCUGCUUACCAAAAAGGGCCAUUACAGGUUCUACUUUAAGAAGGUAAGCGACGAGUUUGACUGUGGUGUAGUGUUCGAGGAGGUUCGUGACGAUGACGCCAUCUUGCCUAUCUUUGAGGAGAAGAUCAUCGGGAAGGUGGAGAAGGUUGACUGAAAAUUGGGAACAGAAAGACGACAGAGAAUUGGGGGGAAAAAAACGAUCAUUUGAUAAGAAAGGAAAAAGAUAGCGAACAUUGAAAUUCAGCUGCGAGAAGAUGAACGAGAGAAAGUAAAAAAGAUGGAAAGAGCAAUGUGUGACAGAAGGGAGAUUGCGCUGCAUGGUAGAAGCUCGAGUGUUAAGGAGGUGGUUAUUUUUAUGGACUAUCUGGAUGACGGCCUGGAUCAAACCCACACAGAGCGAAGUGCUUGGCCAGAUGAAGCAGGAGCGGAGGAGAGGAAAAUAAAUUAUUUCACCUGUCUUGUCUCCACUGUGGAUAUUCGAGGAGCGCUGUUAAAAUCCGAUGUCUGACCAGUCUUCCACUUCCACUGCGAUGGAUGGAAACAAGUGGGGGGGGCUGCUGGAAGGAGAGAGGAUAAAGUAGUCUUCCACUUCUGCUCUGGAGGAGCCUGUCCUCCGCAGACCAUUACGAUGCUGCUACAUUACCAUGGAAACUCUUCAAUCGGUGCUCGGGACAGUAAAGAAAAGCAGUUUUGUUCCAUUCAGGAGUCUCGCUGCCUUUUGCUGUCUCUGUUCCUCAUCAGCUGGUGACAAGGGGGAGAGGACAGAGGAUUUUUGAGGAGUGGAACUUUAGCUGGCUGCUUCUCCUCUCUUUGACUUCAUAGCCUCAAAACAGAAACUUCUCACCCUUGAUUCCUAGAUGUCAUGUAGUGAUCUCUCACAUCAACAUGUUCAGACGACAGUUCUCUACAUAACUUGUUUACCAAAGCUACAUAUUUUUGAUAAGACAAGUGUCCUAGCUACUUGUUUCAUUUUAUUUGAAUUGUGUAUGUACAAGGCAGGUACUAUUACUUAUUAAUGCAGCCUAAUUUCGUUAUAUCUCAACUUAAUGUUGUAUUAUUGUGUAUGUUUUGAAGCUAGUUCAUUAGUCAUUUCAGGGCAGCCAUUUUUGUUUGUUUUUCCCCUCUAUAAUACAUCCCUGCACCUCACUUCUGUACUGUUUACCUGUGAGCGUGUACUUCUGUUCUCCUGUGCGAUGCAUUUUACAUAUAGGCUUCUUUUUUUUUUCCACCGUCAAAACUUCUCAUGAAAAAGAGCAGUGCACAUUAAGCUGUGCCCUCUUUGACCACAAAAUCUGUUGUUUUUAACAGGUUCACCUCAUAUACAUGAUAUUUUUCUGAUACACUGUGUACGUAACUCAGUCUAGGUGCCUGCCUACCUGCCUGGCCAGUGCCAUUACUAUCUAGAAUGCUUGUCCUGAAGCGUGUUGGUGAGUGUGAAAGCCUGUAUCAUGUACGCCUGAACUCAGCCAAAGAGCAUAUCAUGCGUCGCGUGUGUCUCCAUGCGUGUGUCUCCAUGCGUGUGUCUCCAUGCGUGUGUCUCCAUGCGUGUGUCUCCAUGCGUGUGUCUCCAUGCGUGUGUCUCCAUGCGUGUGUCUCCAUGCGUGUGUCUCCAUGCGUGUGUCUGUGCAGUCCAAGUCUAGAAGCAUCAAAUGUAUUUUCCAUCAUGAGCAGAAGGGAAUCUUCUUCCUCUUGCAGAUUCUCAAACUUCAGACAUUGUAGCUUAACACUGAGUUUAAAAUCUGCAGCUUAUUGUAAAAGAAUAGUUUGGCAUUUGGGUAAUUCUUUUUUUUUUUUUCUUGCUGAGAGUUAAUUGAGGUGUCUGUAGUCUGCACGUUAAAUAUGAAACUGCAGCCAGCAGUUGUUUAGCUUCACUGAGACUGGAAAUGAGUAGAUGGGUUGAAUUUGUACAGAUUAAACUAACUAGAGCUGAAUACUGAUUGCUUUUAUUACCAAUCAGGGCUGUAAUUCUUUAAAUAUUUCAGGUCGGAUUAUCAAUUUAAUGAAAAUUGCAAUAUGGACGAGUGCAAUAUCAAAAUAGCAGGCCCAGUAUUUAAAGGCAAAAUAUAUAUAAAAUGCUAGCAAUGUAUCCACUGGUCUCUUGGCAAAUAAGAUGACAAAUUUUGAUGAUGAUCAAACAAAAUCCCCACAGUAUUGUGAAUCAUGUUGCAUAUCUUUUUUUUUUUUUUUUAAAUCGUGCAGCCUUAUAUUAAUUUUGAAACGUCUAAAGUGAAAAUCGGUUCAAAACAUAAAGAUUUUUGGUUUACUGUCACAGAAGACAAAAAGAACCCAACAGCAAAUCUAUUUGGAUUUGGAGCCUUGAACUAGAAUUUAAAAAAAGUUUGAUUGAUUUUAAUCAAUUGCCAGAAUUGUUAGCAGUUAUUUUACUGGUUUUUUUAUUGUACUGUUUUAGUCAUUUUAAGUUUUAGCUCUUAAACUAUAUAAAAAGUGUUAACUAGUGAGCCUUAAAAGUGCCGGUUAGUGGGUUUUUCCCCUUUUGACUGACCCUGGCUAGCUGUUUCUGUCCUUUCCCAGUCUUUAUGCUAAGCUACGCUAUCUGACUCCUGGCUGUAGUUUAAUAUUAAAUGCACAAACAUGAGAAAUUGUGGUUACCUGGAUGUAAGUAGCCCUCUAAUCCACUUCUCUAUUGUAUCAGUCUUACUCUCAGCAUGAAAUUAGCUUUUUUCCCCAAAUAUCAGACUCUUCCUUCAGACUUCUCACUUCAGCGCAGUUGUGCAGUGAGGCCUUGAGGCCCGAAUAUCAUAAAGCACCGUGCAGACAGUGCACUGAUCACACACCAGCUAUGUAAGCUGAAUGUAAUUUGACUUUUUGUAACUUUUACCUGCUAUGUCCUCAACAGAAAUCUCUUCAUUGGUCCUGUCAUUGUGUCUGUCUUCAGUGUUGAUCUCAAACUGUUGGCCUGACUGAGUGUUUUGUGUUAUCUAUGCUGGUAGUUAAUUGAAUGUGUUCAUCAAACAAAGAGGUCCUACCGUACGUCUUGCAGGAAUGUCAAAUACGAUUUGUCCUGGGCUUCUGCCCAGUAAGGGAAACAUAGGAUUAAAAAAACAUAUUUGUCCUCACUUCAACCCAUUAUGCCUUCAAUAUGAAAUUUAAAAUUUAGAUAUGUAUUUGUUUAUAAAAAAUGUAAUUUUAAUAAUCACCAAGCAUGUUCUUUAUAAGGAAUGUUUUCCUGAUGAGUUGAAUUAUCUAUUUUGUUUUAAUGUUUAUGUGCAAACUGCAAUGACCCUCUUGAUAUAUUUUAUCUGUUUUGUUAGAAAGAACGCCCAGGGACAGUUGAAUGACAACAUUUGUUAAGAGUUGUUUCUUGUGAUUAUGAUUCGAUGGACAAAAUGAACAACUGCAUCUGUUUUGUUGUCAGUUUUGUGUGAAACACAGUGCCUUUAUCAUGUUAUCUUUCAAAUUACCUUUAUUGAACCAAUCCAUGCUUUUAAUGUAAGUAUUUUUUUUUUCAGUCAGUCCCGUUGUUUUUUUUUUAGCUGCAGUCAUGCUUGCUCACUUCUAUUCUGAUAGAUCCUCUGCUGUAAAUAUGUACAUUAUCAUUUCAUAUGUGUCUUCAGACCCGCACCACAUGUCCAUGGUGUUUCUGUUUUUCAAAGGUAAACGCCAAGAUGUCACUGUGCUGGUUCCACUUGUACAUUUCUUUUAAAAAGGUACUUCAUAAUAAAGAUGUUGAAUAAAUCCAA